AUGGCGCUGGCCGCUCGCCUGCUUCCCGGAUUGCUGUUCUCCCAGCACCUGUCCGGUGGGGCCGCCCGACUCCGGACUCCUGGUGCGGCCAAGGUGAGGCCACUGUUGACUGGACUCUGCUGUUUCUGCCGCCGCCGCCUUGGCUCGGGAGUGGCUCCGUUUCCUCGAGGAGCUUGGACUGAGGCGGCCUCGGCGCGGUCUGCUGGGAGCUCCAGCUGCCGCCUACUCAGUCCUCCGGGAUUCCCCGCAGCCCUUGCAUCUUUCCUUGUCCACCCUCGGCGCAGCUACAGCACGGAGGAACAACAGCCCCAGCCGCGCCAGAAAACCAAGAUGAUCAUCCUCGGAGUCUCCAACCCCGUCAAUUGGAUUCGGACUCGAAUUUACUCCUUCCUUAUCUGGGCCUAUUUCGACCAAGAGUUCAGCAUCAGAGAGUUCUCUGAGGGGGCGAAGCAGGCCUUUGCUCACGUAUCAAAAUUGUUGUCACAGUGUAAAUUUGAUCUUUUGGAAGAACUUGUGGCCAAAGAGUUGAAAUUAAGAAGGAAGUUUGUUAACAUCCUGAUGUGCUUUUGGUAUCUAACCAGUGCCAACAUCCCCAGUGAAACUUUAAGUGGAGCCAGUGUAUUCCAGGUUAAGCUGGGAGAUCAGAACGUGGAAACUAAAAAACUUCUUAGUGCAAGCUAUGAGUAAGUCUAACCGUAUUUUGUUGUUUCCUUUCUCUAGAAAAUGCAAGGUAGCGUGAAGGUGUGAAAAUUAAACAGAGCUUUAAGAAGGAAAAGAUUGAAAUUUGACAAGUUAUUUAUGAAGAAAAAGGUCAUAAACACUGACCAUGAAACGGGAGCGUUCAGAAUUUAGAAAGAGAUAAUAUUGCUGAAUUUAGUUAAAUGGUGUUUUGGCUAUUUAUUGCUUCAUAAUAAACCACCCUAAAACUUAGUGACUUAAAUGACCAUUUAUAUUGCCUGCAAUUUCACAGCUCAGGAAUUUUGGAAAGGAUUAACUGGGAGUUUGUCUCUGCGUCACUUGGCAUCAGCUGCAGAGGCCAGAGCCGAGGAUUCAUUCCCAUUCUUUACUCACAUGUCUGGUGCCUUGGUGCUCAUGUCUCGUUCUCUGGGGCCCCUUCUUGUAUUUGGCUUGUGAUCUCAGUUGGCUCAUAGUUUUUAUAUAGUGUUUGGCUUCUAAGAGGCAGAAAGCUGAAGCUGCUAGACCAGUAAAGAGCUAUACCCAGAAUUAUAACAUCAUUUCUGCCAUAGUCUGCUUGUCAAAGCAGUCACAAGGCCUACACAGUUUCAAGGGUUGGAGAGACUGUACAUGAGAGAGUGGCAAGGUCACGUUAUGGAAGAGCAUGUGGGAUGGAAGACUUUGC